AGUGUUAAUAUGGGUAAUAUCAACGGUAAUAUGGCGGUUCCUGUCAAACACGAGACGAACUGUCAGGCCGGUGGGGUUUCGUUGUUGUAAGCUCUUGUGAGCCAACUAAAAUUAAAUUUGAGAAAGAAGAACGCGACGAACUGUCGGAACGAUUUAUUGUGGCAAUCAUUACGGUGAUCAAAUUUUUUUUGAGGUCUAGUAGUUAUACGUAUAUCGAGGCAUUUGUUAUAUCUAGCCUUGUGAACUAUGCUCACUUGUACUUUUCGUUUCAAUCCAUGAAUUAUUUCCUAUUACUCGUGGGUGUGGUUUUUUUUUCUGCUAGUGAGUCGUGAGUGCCUAUUGAUCAUACCUCAUAUUUGGGGAAUGCUCUUGAUGUGCCUGUCGCUGAUUGGAUUGGACUGGAGAUUGUGGAUGUUAUUUUUGCUGCCAGCAUGGAUAAAAGAGGUAGCACUGAACUCCUAGGCGCUGAAAAAAAUUAUUCCAAAAAUGCCAGCUCAGAUUCCCUGAAUUCAGAUAGUAAAAGCAGUUCCCUCAACUCGAAGAUUGGACAGGAGUCGGAAUGUUGGGAUAAGGCAUCGCAUUCGAAGAGCUUUUCUACGAGCUCAACAUCAACAGAUAAUAAUAUAGUAUCUGCUUUAGAAGCAAAAAAAGAAACUCAGGACAAAGAGAGUGAGAAUCUGUCAGGUGGUGACACAGGACCACCAUUAUUCAGUGGAGAACAUGUACAUGGCCAAGCACGUGAAGUCACAUAUCUUUGCCCAUAUUCUGGUCCAGCCCGGGGUAUACUAAGUGUAACAAACUACAAAUUGUAUUUCAAGAGCAUAGACCGAGAAACACCAUAUGUGGUCGAAGUUCCUUUGGGAGUUGUUAGUAGAAUUGAAAAAGUUGGUGGUGCAAGUAGCCGAGGCGAAAAUUCCUAUGGAAUAGAAGUAUUUUGCAAAGAUAUGAGAAACCUGAAGUUUGCACAUAAGCAAGAAAAUCAUUCGAGACGUAAUGUUUUUGAAAAACUGCAACAAUACUCAUUUCCACUGUCACAUAAACUACCUCUUUUCGCUUUUGAGUAUUCUGAAACAUUCUCGGAGAAUGGAUGGAACGUAUAUGAACCAAUUGCAGAACUAAAAAGAAUGGGAGUAAACAACGACAUGUGGAAAAUUUCAAAAAUAAAUGACACUUACACAUUGUGUGACAGUUAUCCAGCUGUAUGGGCAGUACCGGCGGCUGCGACGGAUGAAGAUUUGCAGGCUGCUGCAGCGUUCCGAAGUCGGGGUAGAUUGCCCGUACUUUCUUGGAUUCAUCCUGAAAGUCAAGCGACAAUAACACGUUGUGCCCAGCCGCUAGUCGGCGUUGGUGGAAAACGGAGCCGUGAGGAUGAGAGAUACGUGCAACUUAUAAUGGACGCCAAUGCACAAAGUCAUAAGCUUUUCAUCAUGGAUGCUCGACCGAGCGCCAAUGCAAUUGCGAACAAGGCAAAAGGAGGAGGAUAUGAAAGUGAAGAUGCAUACCAAAACGCUGAACUCGUGUUCCUUGAUAUUCACAACAUUCAUGUGAUGAGGGAAAGUCUUAGGAAAUUAAAAGAACUGUGCUUUCCAACGAUUGAUGAAACUAGAUGGCUAUCUGGUAUAGAAUCCACGUACUGGUUAAAGCACAUCAAAUGUAUAUUAGCUGGUGCAGUGCGAAUCGUUGACAAAGUAGAGAAUCACAAGACUUCUGUAUUGGUCCAUUGUUCUGACGGUUGGGACAGAACAGCACAGCUGACAGCAUUGGCGAUGCUUAUGUUAGAUCCCUACUACAGAACGAUCAAAGGUUUUCAAGUUCUAAUAGAAAAAGAAUGGCUGAGUUUUGGACACAAGUUUCAACAGCGAAUCGGUCACGGCGACGAACAUCACAGCGAUGCAGAUAGAUCUCCAGUAUUUCUACAAUUCAUAGACUGCGUUUGGCAGAUAAGUCAACAAUUUCCUAACGCGUUCCAGUUCAAUGAGCACUUCCUGAUCACCAUUUUAGACCACCUCUACUCUUGUAGAUUCGGUACCUUUUUGUUCAAUAGUGAUCGGGAGAGAGUUCAAGAACAAUUGAAGCAAAGAACAGUAUCCCUCUGGUCGUAUACCAACAGUCAAUUAUCCUUCUACCAAAAUCCACUUUACUGGGCUGGUCCACUGCACCAGUUGGUGCUAAUGCCAAUCGCCAGUAUGAGACAAAUCAAAUUAUGGAAACGUCUCUACUGUCGGUGGAACCCCAGCAUGAGACAGCAGGAUCCAGUAUACCAACGCACACGGGAGCUUCUAGUCGUAAAAGAGCAGCUUGAAAAGCAAACAGAAGAAUGUCGACGUGAGCAAGCGACACGGGCCAAUAGAUCGUUAACGUCGCCUGCACCUCCUAGAAUACAUUCUCCUGUUCAUUCGCAGCCUACAGAAUAUUCCUUCUCUCACUCAUAAUAUUGUAAAUGAUUAUUAAACUCUUCUCCUGAAUCAAUCAAACUUGCACACGACAUAGACUAUCUUCUUUGACUGAUACUCAUAGCGACAGAUCUACAAAUUCAACUAUGAACUAUAACUUUUGUACAAAGUGCGCGCUAAUAAAUGAUAUGAACAGUAUCGAUUUGAUCGUUCUUUCUUUUAGAAAUAUCUCUCUAUAUUAUAAAAACGUCUUAUCACAAUUGGAAUUCCUAAAAUAAUAACAACAGUCACGAAAAUAACCAAAGUAUAACGAAAGUAGCGAGCGUUUUAUACGACUGCUUUUCUUACAGAUACGUUCUUCGAGGAUACGUUGCAUCUACGUCAUCCACUUCGUAGUAGUCUUCGCACACUUUUCGGGCGAUUUUGACGAAAUUUUCCGUGAAAAAACAACAAAGACUAUAGUCUUUCCAUAUUUUUUGGACGAUAUUAACAAAAGUUUGGGUGUAGAAACACCAAAGACUAUAGUCUCUGCACAUUAUUCUGGCGAUCUAGACGGAUUUUCAUAUUCACGUCUGCCCAAUAUUCUUUUUACAAGAGACAAACGAGCGGCUACGGAGCAGUUUGACUCCUUAUCUGGAAUACAAGAUAUCCUCGCUACAUCGACAAAGCCAAUAACCAUACGUUCGAAGUAGUUAUAAUUGCUAUAAAAAGGUUAUUAAUUACGUUUGAUCGUACUGUAUUCGUUUUUUUUCUCAGAACUAUUAAAUUAAUAAUCUAAUGUAACUCAAAUAGAAGUAUUGUCUACACUGUUGUAGAUCAUAUUUUAAUCAUAAAGGAAUGAAUGUAUUUGUGAUAAUGAAUCCAUAAUAAGUAUCACGAUGUUAGUACAUGUAUUUUUGACCAAUAAUUUAUCAAUAAUCAUUAAAUACUAUAAAUAUA